AAGAUCGCGGCUUGCCCCUCAUGGCGCGGGCGAACGCGAGACGGGGCGGCCGCGGGGGAAGCCGCAAGGCGCCUGAGGCCGAAAGCACAGAGGCGCCGGCGGUGCAGAUGCCCUAUGGCGCCAACUUCCAGCGCCAAGACCUGCGGCGCCGAAAGAAUACCUCCGCCAGCAAGGGCGGCAAGCAGAGCUCGAAGAAGUUGAACCAGAUGUACGGGAAAGACGGGAGGCUCAAGCGGAAGUACAGCAACGGCCCCGAGGAGAUCACCGGGGCGCCAGUGACGCGGCGCCAGGACCGGCAGCAGCGGCACCAGCAUCAGCAGAUCGCCGCGCUGUCCAGGAGCUCCUUGCUGAAGAUCAAGACCAAGAACGAGCCCAUGAGCUUCUCCUCAGCUAUGACACCAGAGCUGCUGGCGACCCUUCAGGAGGGGGACGAAGUUGCCGAUGCGCGGCCGCCAGACCUAGAAGCAGGUGACGAGCAGGAGCCGACGACGGGCCUCGCGGAGGUUCUGCAGAAGGUCUUCGGGCAUGAAAGCUUUCGGCCAGGGCAGCAGGAAGCAAUGGAGUCGGUGCUGAACAAACAGAAGACUCUCUUGCUGCUGGCCACUGGCAGCGGCAAGAGUCUCUGCUACCAGCUGCCCGCCUACCUGCUCAGAGAGGAGGGUUUGACGCUGGUGGUGUCGCCCCUGGUGUCUUUGAUGUCGGAUCAGUUGGCGCGGCUGCCGAAGUGCUUGCGGGGUGCAGUCUGCAGCGGCCAGCAGUCCCGCGACCAGGUGCGAGAGGUGAUGCGCGCCGUGCGCGCACGCAUGGUGGAUGUGCUCUUCGUGUCUCCUGAGAGGCUGGCCAUGUGGUCCUUCGAUGGCUGCGGCUUGCCGCCCAUUGCCUUGGCAUGCAUCGACGAGGCGCACUGCGUUUCGGAGUGGUCCCACAACUUCCGGCCCGACUACCUGCGCUUGAGCGAGUAUCUUCAGGGGGCCCUGCAAGCGCGACGCCUGCUGGCGCUCACGGCCACUGCGACCAAGCCCACGGUGCAGUCGGUGUGCGACAUCCUUCAGCUGGAGCGCGUGGUGCGCUCGGAUCGCAGCUUCUCGGUGCCGGAGCUGCUCGCGGAGAAAGCGCAGAUUCGGGUGCAGCGCGCCAAUCUGGCCAUGGACAUCCGCAACGUGCCGGACGUAGAUCUGCAGCUGCGGGAGAUCAUCAAAGUUCUGCGUACGGAGGUGAACCCAACGGACUCCAUCAUCAUCUACGUUUGGCGCCGCGUGACGGCGGACCAGCUGGCCAAACAGCUCCGGCCCUACGUCAAAGGCGGGAUCUCCGCCUACCACGGCAGCAUGCUGCCGGAGGCGCGGAGCGCGGUGCAGGGCAACUUCAUGGGCGGCAAGAUCCGCGUGGUGGUGGCCACAGUAGCAUUUGGCAUGGGCCUGGACAAGCCGGACAUCCGCAUGGUGCUGCACUAUGGGCUCCCCAAAUCCAUCGAGAACUACAUCCAAGAGACUGGGCGUUGCGCCCGCGACGGGCUGCCUGGCAAGUGCAUCGCGUUGGUCUGCCCGAAGGACUACCAGGCCAUGCGUUGGCUGGAGAGCGGUGGCCACGGGGGUGGUACCAAGAGCUCGGUGGUGAGGACGCUGCUUCGAGCGCUGCUGGGCAACUCGGACACCUAUCCGCGGCACGCGCUGAGCAAAGAAGCGCUCGUUGUUGCUGGUGGCCGACCGGAAGACUUCGAGGAAGGAGGCUUUCAGCCCUACUGCGUGGCCUUAGACGAGAAGCUGGCCUCCAGGGAGCUGAACGCCAGCACCGACGAGCUGCACUCGGUGCUGGCGCACCUCUCGAGGUACGCGGUGGGCUCCGUGUCGGUGCUCUCCAACUUCCCCACGAAGCUGAAGCUCCGGUUCUUCAAAAGCGACCCCCAGGAGCUCAUCGCCAUCGACCCCCUGCUGCGCCAGGUGUUGCCCUUGGCCAAGAAGGUGGGGCCGGUGUACACCCUGGACACGGCGAAGGCGGUGGCGGUCAUGGGGGGCACUGCGGGCCAGCUGUCCACUGGCCUGUGGCAAGCGCGCGGGGACGAGUUCUCGGUCGAGAAGGCCGAGUACGGCUACAUGGUGGCGGUACUUCGGUCGGUGAGUGAGGCGGAGGUGGACGACUGGGCCGAACAGAUCAGCAGCAUCAACGUGCGAGCCCGCGCCAGCGCAGUGGAGAAGCUGGACGCGUGCUUCCUGGCGCUCACGCGCUCUGCGGAGGCGCGAGAGCGGCAGAAGGUGGCGGAGCCAGAUGCCACCGAGUCAGCAGCAGAUGUUACCAUGAACGGCCUUAUCGAUGCUUACUUCUCGGCCACGGAGGAGCCGAGCGCCGUGGUGAGCGGCGGGACCGAGGAGCGGCGCCGGCGCCUGUCUGCGGCGCUGGGGGCGGAGUACCACCUGGCCUCCCAAGCGCGGCCUUUGGCGCAGCGCCCCAGCGCCGCGUUUCCGAGCGCCCGCGGGUCGGGCGGCGCGGCUUCCAGCGCCGCCGCGCCCAGCGAGCGGCAGCGGGUCACGGAAGGCUUGGUGCGGGCCACGGUGGCGCGGCUGCUCAUGGAUCCGGACUGGCCGGAGCUGCCCUGCAGCGAACUGGAUGCCUUAGUGACCUGCGUCGCCCAGUUCUUGGCAGGCGUGGGCUCGGUGGUGCUGCCGACGCUGAAGUGGCGGGAGCACCGGUUCUGGGGCCACUUCCGGAACUUCGGGGACUUCCAACACCUGGAGGAGCACGUGCACGCGGCAGUGGAGAAGUGCUUGCCGAUGGUUCAGAAGCACAAGCGCCAGAAAACUGCCUGAGACGGCGGAGUUUCUGUUCGGGCGGAAAGCCAAGCGGCCGGCUCAGCUGGUGGGUAUUUGGGUGC